UUCAGUUUAGUUACAAUGCCCAGAGUUAAGGAGCUUAAUCUGUCGCACGACAUCUUCGAAAAUAUUAUCUUUCAUCUGCAUCUGCGUUGCUUUCGCUUAUAUGGCUAUGUGGCGUCCAAGGAUCAGUGCAGACCCUGGCUGUCGCUGGCGCGCUGCAUCUUUUUCACGGCCUGCAUCUGGCUGACCUGUGUCCUGAUGCUGGCACGCGUCUUUCAAGGCUACGAAAGUCUCAUCGAUGGCGCCAUAACCUGCGCCACGACCGUCCAGUACCUUGCCGUGUCCAUUUCCACCCUAAACGCCAUCGUGCAGAGGAAACGAGUUAUUUCUUUGUUGCGUGAGAUUAAUGUGGAUAUGCAACAGCUGAUGAUCUCGGCGGAUGGUGAUGAAUGGGAUUUGCUGUUGUCCACACAGAAAUACACUCGAAAAAUCACUUUAAUUCUGUGGGUUCCAUCGAUGGUGGCGGGGCUUAUGGCCUGGUCGGACUGCAUCUAUCGGACACUCUUUAUGCCCGAGACAGUUUUUAACAUGCCCGCCGUGAGAGCUGGGAAGGAGCAGCCCAUCCUUCUUUUUAAGCUGUAUCCCUUUGGCGAGCUCUGCGACAACUUUGUGAUCGGCUAUCUGAGCCCGUGGUAUGCCCUGUGCUUGGGCAUCACAACUAUUCCACUGUGGCAUACCUUCAUCACUUGCCUCAUGAAGUACAUGCAUCUCAAGCUGAUGAUACUCAAAAAGAAGGCAGCGGAAAUGGAUAUCACGCGCCUCAAUCCAUUCUUAGACCUGGAUCGCCUGACGCCCGCUCAGCUGAACCGCUGGCAAAUGGAACUCAUCAAAACGUUUGUCAAGGAUCAUCUGAAGAUCCGUAGAUUUGUGUACGAGCUAGAGCAGCUUAUUCGCGUGCCUGUCAUGGCCGACUUCAUCAUUUUCUCCGUUCUCAUAUGCUUUUUAUUUUUUGCCUUAAGUGUGGGUUCUCCUAGCAAAAUUGACAACCUUUUCAUGUUCCUUUAUAUAUUUGUCAUGGCUUCAAUUUUGUGGAUGUAUCAUUGGCAUGCUACGCUUAUUGCUGAAUGCCACGAGGAAUUGUCCUUUGCCUAUUACUCAGCACCCUGGUAUGCAUACGAUCAAACCAUGAAACGGACAAUUCUCCUUAUGAUUGUACACGCCCAGAGGCCAAUGAAAAUGCGAGCCGUGAUGGUCCAACUGAGUGUAGAGACCUUCAUAGACAUUGUACGCGGAGCCUACACCUACUUUAAUAUUCUGAGCCAGCUUUAUUAGACCAAAUGCGAUUCUCACGGACAUGGACAUUCUGGACACACG